AUGUUAAAGUACUCUCAUGAAUCAUCAUCAGAUUCAGAAUAUAAUGAGUCAAUUGCUAUUUCAACAUAUAAUUUAAGAAAGAUGGAUAACUUUGCUUUAGAGUGUGUUCGGUAUGCGAUAUCGAGUGAAGCUGCUGCAGCUCUUGGUAAUGGACUUUUAAAAGAUCUUGGAGUUAUUACUAAAACUGAUAAAACUGAUGUUUUAGAUAAAAGUAAAAUGGAUCGAGCUAAAAAAAGGGUUUGUCUUCAGUCUGUUGCUGAACACAAUAUCAAAGUGCAAAAUCUAUCAUGUAUUGGAUGUGACAGUAAGGAUGAUAAAGGUAGCCUGGUUUAUAGAAGUAUGUUGCCAGAUAGUAUUAGCAAAAAAAAUAAAUUAAUAGAAAAGGUUUAUCUAAGUUUUACAGUAGAAUCGGGAGAAAUGAAAGGUAGAUAUCUGACACACAAAGAUAUUUUAAAUGCCACAGGAGAAAAUUUAGCGCAGUCUACUUUUGAAGUGUUAAAACAAUACAAUAGUGUUGAUUCUUUGUUAGGAAUUGUUUUUGACAAUACAAAUGUCAACACUGGAUAUAAAACUGGCCUUUGUGCCAGCCUUGAAAGAAAACUUGGCAGAACAAUUCAUAAAAUUGGCUGUGCACUUCAUAGCAACGAGUUACCUUUGCGUCAUAUUAUAGAACAGCUAGAUGGCGGUACAAACACUCCGCAAAUAUUUUUUGGUGAAAUUGGAAAAGGUGCAGCACAAGACCUUCAUCAUAAACCCAUUGCCAAAUUCGAACUUGUUUUGACUUCUUUAGUUUUUCCAGAAAAUAGUGUGAUCAAUGACUUAAGUUCUGAUCAAAGGUUAUUGCUGGAAUAUGUGUGUGGUAUAAGUUCAGGUGUUGUAAAUCCAGUUUACGCUCAUUAUAAAAUUGGUCCAGUUAAUCAUGCUAGGUGGCUGACAUUAGCAAUACGUAUUUUAGUUUUGUAUUCAAGAACAGAACAACCUACUCCUGUCCUUAAAGAGAUAGUAAAUUACAUACAGGCAGAGUAUGGCCCCACAUGGUUUGCUAUUAAGAAAUCAAAGAACUUUACUGAAGGGCCAAAAAUUUUAUACACAACAUUAAAAAAUAUAAAAAAUUUUAGCCAAACUAUACAAGACAUUAUACUACCUGUUGUUUUAAGAAAUGCGUAUUGUCUUCUUCCAGAAAACUUUCUUUUAUCCCUUUUUGUUGAUGAUUUGAAAGAAAUACGAAACAGAGCAGUUAGGCUGAUUUUAAAAUGUCGAGAUAAUCCUCCGUUGAUAGAAUAUAUGGUGGUAUCAGAAUUAACAAAAUCCCAAAUAUUGAAAAUCUUGAAAUUGAAUGUGACACAUGGGCAGAUCUGCUUUCUGAUGAUAAACUGAUCUAUGAACCUCCUGCUACUAAGAACCUGACUUAUCUGGAACUACUCAAUACAAUUGAAUGUAAACCAGAUCCUUAUGAGCUUGGUUGGGACUUUCCGCUACAUAGUCAGUCUGUUGAGCGUGUUGUAAAGCUUGUUUCUGAGGUUUCAAAAAAAAGCCUAUUCUUUACAGAAUAGACAUGGUUUAGCAGUAGGGAAGCAAAAAAGUCGAAUAUCAAGAAAAAAGUUUUGUUCAAAAA